CAUUUUCCACUGUUAAUGUACCCUUUCUUUCUCUAUAAAUACAACCUUUCUCCCUAUCCUUUUGCGUCCAUCCACUUCCCUCUCAAUCUCUCUUAUCUCUUUCUCUUCUCUAAGUUAAUUGUAAUGGAGUUGGUAGUAGAGGAAACUUGCAUAGAGGAGAAGUCACUAGAGAACAUUAGCACUAUGAAAGGAGUGAGACAUCUUUGUGAGAGUGGCAUCACUAAGGUCCCAAAAAAAUAUAUCUUUCCACUCCUUGAUAGGCCUAGUGUCCUUCAACAAGGAGAUAAGAAAUUGCCAGUCAUUGACCUUGCCCUCUUGCAAGCCCCUCAAAGCCAUUUCCAAAUGCUUGAGUCCUUGAAGAAUGCUUGUGAAAACCAUGGCUUCUUCAGGGUUGUGAAUCAUGGAGUGGAAAGUGAAGUGAUAAGGAGAAUGAUGGAUGUGGGGAAGAGAUUCUUUGAGCUCCCAUUUGAGGAGAUAAUGAGGUACAUGUCCACUGACAUAAGAUCUCCAGUUAGGUGUGGGACAAGCUUUAACCAGAACAAGGAUGGUGUCUUUUGUUGGAGGGACUUCUUGAAGCUCAAUUGCUUCCCUUUGUCUACUCAUCUUCCUCAUUGGCCAUCUUCUCCUUUGGACUUGAGGGAAGGGGCAAGUGAAUAUGCAAAACAAACCCAGACUUUGUUCCUAAUUCUCAUGGAAGCAAUUCUCAAGUCUAUGCAGUUAGACACUAGUGUUAUGAGAGAAUUCCGUGAAGGUACACAAAUGAUGGUUGUGAAUUGCUAUCCUAGUUGCCCGGAGCCUGACUUGACCCUUGGAAUGCCACCACACUCUGAUUAUGGUUUUCUGACACUUCUUUUACAAGAUGAUGUUGAAGGCCUCCAAGUUCAACACAAAGGGGAGUGGCUCACUAUUGAGCCAAUCCCUAAUUCAUUCAUUGUCAAUGUUGGUGAUCAUCUUGAGAUAUAUAGCAAUGGGAGGUACAAAAGUGUUUUACAUCGGGUGUUAGUGAACUCAACAAGAUCGAGAGUCUCAAUAGCUUCCCUGCAUAGUCUACCCUUCGAAAGGGUCAUCGGUCCUUCACCAGAACUCAUCACUAGAGAAACUCCAAGGCUCUACAAGGACACUGAUUUCACAACUUUCCUUCACUAUAUGGAAAUAUCUGAUCCUACAAAUAAAACUUUCAUAACUUCGAGGAAGCUCAACUUAGCAAACAAUUAAUAAAAUCACCCCAAAAGAGAUAUUUUUUUGUAAUCUUGACAAAA